AUGGCUCAGAUCCCAAACCUGACCCUGGACGCAGCCAAAGCCGCACUCACUUCCGACUUUCUAAAGAGGAUCAACGACGACAUCAUGUACGAGAAAUGCAUCUGGUGCAAGCCGGGCCAAGCCAAGAAGAAGAAACACGCUCUCAUCGACUGCCCUACUGCCCGUCCCUCGCCCGCCGAUCUUACUAAACUCUCGCACGACAUCUUCAAUGACCAAGAUUCCAAUCAACAAGACUUUGCGAUUUCUUCCAGUCUUGCGAACGUUUCUCUUCCGCCAGCUAGCGGCUCCAUGACAUCCGUGCCAGUUGAAGUCACAGAAGCUCCUGUCUCUAGAGACAUGGUGCCGGGCCGACAGCGACCGUUCGGACGUGAUAUUGCAAGGGACGGAAUUCCAUUCGGUUCGUCUGAGAACACUGUCCGGAAAUUGCAAAAGCUUCUUGGGAACAAGGUCACUGCUCACUUUCCGCCUAGACAGGGAUUUGCGGAGUCAACCCAUACUGUCUACACAAACCACUACGCCAUUGACAUUGCUCCUCAGACGAUUCUCUACGAAUACAAGAUCCUACCUUCUAUACCUGGAAAGAACAAGAGGAAGAUCAGAGCGAUUAUCGAAGCUGCUAUCAAGGACACGGACUUUUUGCAGAGCAACCAGCAGAAUUUUGCUACAGACUACUUCGACACCAUAAUUGCUUGGAAAUCGCUCCACACCUCAAUUGGGACAGGUCAUCCCAAGCUCAGCGGCGAUGGUAAGGCAGGCUCUGAAUGGAAACUCAACACCUUCGUGGAGAGCGGCACACAGCUUCCGUUGCGGUUCAGGUUCGAGGGAGUUGUCGACACGCAACCGCUGUUCCUGUACAAAACCAUCGACCCAGACUAUGCCAAUGCAGACAUACAGCCUAUAAUUCGAGCGCUGAACAUCUUGAUAUCCAAGUGUUUUGACGAAUCGAAAGACUAUCAGACAAUGCAAACCGGCGCGAACAAGUUUUACCUGAAGGAUGCGUAUGAGGUUCUUAGCAAUGGAAAGAAACCAGGCCCAGAACAAAAGCUUUCGCAGUCGCUUUGCACAAUACGAGGAUACAGUUACACCAUCAAAGCAGGUAUUGAGCGGGUACUUCUGAACGUCAACGCCGCUACGAGUGCUUUCUUUCUCGCGGUAUCCCUAGACCGGGUAUUCACCGACGACUUGGCAUUCUCCAACUUCAAAGACCGCGAUUUCAAUGCUCCGCUGAGAGGCUUGCGCGUCUACAUCAACUAUGAGAGGGGCGACAAGCUGCAAGAUCCAGAAGCUUGGGAGAGAUUGAACAGCGAAAAAGGCCGCACAAAGACCAUUCAAGACUUGGGCGCGAUGCUUAGUGUGCAACAGUUCGAACUUGAGUCUGGAAAGGUGUGGACCGUUCAAGAUUAUUUCGAAAGCACGUACGGCAGAAAACUUACAUAUCCUGAUCUUCCAGCCGUCAAUCUCGGCUCGCGACAAGAGCCCCGAUGGUACUGCCCCGAGGACCUCAUCCUUCUUCCAUAUCAGAUGUACAAAGGCUUAGUGCCAGACGCAGUCACAGCUGGUAUGCUUGAUACCGCAUGCCAUAUUCCUUAUGAUGCAGCAGCUCUCGUCGAUGUGGAAGCCCUCGAGACUAUGGAAGUUCCAAGAGACACAACUACCCCACUGACUUUGGCUAAGUGUCCGAUUAUCACUAUCGAUCCACGAAUGCUCAAGGUUCCCAGCGCUCAAGAGCCUUAUCCUACGAUACAGUACGGCAAUGAUAGCACGCUUCAGGCUAAGAACAGGUGGAACACAAAGGGUCUGGCACUACUCGACCGAAACCAAAAUACCCUUUUCAAAGGCACCAUCAUUGCGAGCAGCGGUAUGUUAAAAGGUUGGAAAGUUUCCCCGGCUUCUUGCACCAAAGAUCUACGCCAAUUUGCCGGUGGACCAACGACGAACGGAACUCAGACGAUUCCAAAUUACAGCGUUGCCACAAUGCAAUUCCCUUCUGGAGAAGCCAAGCCUGUAAACACUGGCUCACGCACCGCUGUGGACAGUGCACUCGAGGCUGCAGCGAAGGGUACAAACUUUGCUUUACUGAUCCUGCGAAACAAGAGCGCGGAAUCAUAUGCGCAUUUCAAGGAUCUAUGCGACCGAAAAUGGGGCUUCCACUCACUCUGCGUCACCCAGACAGCUCUAAACGGGAGCGGUCGAGGUCAGCUCAUGGGUAACCUGAUGCUGAAGAUGAACCUCAAGACUGGUGGCAGCAACCACUGUGUUGCAGACGGAAAAAUGAAGGAAAUCAUGCCUAACACGCUGGUUCUUGGAGCAGACGUCACACAUCCAGGCAAGGGAUCGAUUACUGGCUGCCCAUCGAUUGCAGCUAUCGUCGGGUCCAUCGAUGGCUUAGGUGGUCGAUUCCUUGGAUCCAUGAGGCUACAGAGCAAAGACAAGAAAGAGAUCAUCGACGAAGUGAAGGCUAUGGUUGUCGAACGCAUCAUUGAUUGGGUCGAGGAACAUGGCGGCACCACCCUCCCCACGAACAUCCUCUACUACCGAGAUGGUGUUGGAGAUUCUCAAUACAGAGACAUCAAGACCACAGAGCUACCGCAAAUACAGCUUGCUUUCGACACCGUUGUUACGAACUUGAAGAACAAGAAGAGCAUCCCGAGCACUGCCAACCCAAAGAUCAAUAUCACGGCGAUAGUCUGCGCGAAACGUCACAACACACGCUUCUACCCAGGAGAAGGCGACGAAGACAGCCAUAACAACUGUCACCCCGGUACCUUUGUCGACGACGUGGUCUGCUCGCCAUACUACCAAGACUUCUACCUACAAUCCCAUUGCGCCCUGAAGGGGACAGCCCGUCCUACGCACUACUUCGUCAUCCAGAACGACAUGAGCAACAGCGUCGACGAUCUUCGUCAGCUAACCCAUGAGCUAUGCUACAGCUAUGUCCGCGCUACCGUCGGUGUAUCCUACGCCUCACCUGCCUACUACGCCGACAAAUUGUGCGAGCGAGGCCGCAUCUAUCUCCGCGACUUCUUCGUGCGAACCUCCAACGGCGAAGUCCGGCGCAGCCAGCUCGAAACCGCGAAGCACAAGAAAGAAGACGAGUUAUCGAAGAUUCGUAUCCAGAAAUUUGGUGCUGAACGCCACGCGAACGGUCGCAAGCGGCCGAAGACUCUGGGAGAGCUGGAGAUGGAGAGCGAUGAUAAGAAGAAGGUCGAGGAUGAAUGCAAGGAGUGGGUCAUGAAACAGGCGAAGAAAGAGAUGUAUGGUGGUGAGGACGCACCUGGUAGGAAUCCCUGGCAUGCGAACAUACGCAAGACUAUGUUUUGGAUGUGA